UGGGAACUCACCUGCAAUUACAAAUAUCAACUACUACCAAAACUUGGGAUUCCCCAAGCUGCAGGUGGUAGCAGAAAUUAACUAACAAAAAAGUUAUUCUGCUACCAUAAUAAAACAAAAGAAAUAUUAAAAAAAAUAAAAAAUAAUGGCCUCAUUUAGUUGUAAUUCAGUUAUUUUUCUCUUUUCCCUUUUAUUUAUUGCUUCUUUAAUCCCAAACUUGCAUGCCAAUAUUGCUGAAUUUGAUCCUUAUUUGGAAAAGAAAGCUGAAGAAGCCCUCAAGUCCUCUCUUGCUGCUUAUAAUGAAAAUCCUGAAGAACUCACUGAUACUUUCAACAAAGAAGUUGGAGAAACAAUUUUUAAUGGCACAAGGAGGCAUCUGAAGGAAGAAGAUAAAGAUGAUAAGGAUGACAAUGAUGGUUGCAAGGCCUACAAUCCAAUUGACAAAUGUUGGAGGUGUGACAAAAACUGGGCUAAUAACAGGAAGGCAUUAGCAGAUUGUGCUAGGGGAUUUGGCCAUGGCACAACUGGUGGUAAAGACGGUAAAUUCUACGUUGUCACCGAUCCCUCGGAUGAUAAUGUGGAAGAGCCAAGGCCAGGAACCCUUCGCCACGCUGUCAUCCAAGAAGAGCCGUUGUGGAUUAUCUUCGAGAAGUCGAUGAUAAUCAGGUUGCAGCAAGAACUGAUGAUCAACAAUGAUAAGACAAUUGAUGGCAGGGGAGUUUCCGUUCAUGUUGCAUAUGGAGCAGGAUUAACCAUACAAUUUGUGCACAAUGUGAUUGUCCACAACAUUAGAGUUCAUCACAUUCUUUCUACCUCAGGUGGUAUGAUCAGAGAUUCUAUUGACCAUAUUGGUCUUAGGACAGUGAGUGAUGGUGAUGCUAUUUCCAUCUUUGGUGCCAACCGUAUCUGGAUCGAUCAUUGUACUUUAACCAAGGGUGCUGAUGGCCUCGUCGAUGCAAUCAUGGCUUCCACUGCUAUCACCAUUUCUAACUGCAAAUUCAAUCAUCAUAACGACGUGAUGCUUUUGGGAGCAAAUGAUGCCUUUCCUCAAGAUAAAAUCAUGCAAGUUACAGUUGCAUUCAAUCGGUUCGGAAAGGGAUGUAUUCAGAGGAUGCCAAGGUGCAGGUGGGGAUUCUUCCAUGUUGUCAACAACGACUAUGCUAAAUGGGAAAUGUAUGCAAUUGGUGGCACUGCUAAUCCCACCAUUAUUAGCCAGGGUAACCGAUUCAAGGCUUCCAACAAUCCAAACACUAAAGAGGUGACAAACCGGAAUGGCGCCCCAGAAUCUCUGUGGAGAAACUGGCAAUGGAGAUCUGAGGGUGAUUUGUUCUUGAACGGAGCCUACUUUAGGGAGUCCGGACCAGAUAUCAAGCAUACUCCAUUCACAGAAGAUACCAGCAUCAAGUUUGAGCCUGCUAAAUUUGUCGGCAGACUCACUCGCAAAGCUGGUGUAAUCAAGUGCAAGAUUGGAAAAGCAUGCUAGCCAAUGUUCUAUAUUUAUGUACAUAAUACUAAUAUAUAAACCAUAUGUACAUUUCACUUUUUGGGGUUGACAUGGAGCCGAAGAUUUUUUUGGGGGUUCUUUUACAGUAAGAGAAGAAAGAAAUGGCUGAGACAUCUAUCUGUUGUCUCGUUGUUUUCUCAGUUUUUUUCUACUGUUUUUUCUUUUUUGCUUUUUCCUGGCUGGUUUGCUCUAUAGGGAAAAACAGUUAGGAGAGGGAGAAAAGGAAAAAAGUGGGUUCUGGUGAGAGAUCAAGUUUACUUUUUGUAACAGAAAAUUUUGAUUUAUGAUUUUUAAUAAAUGUAAAUUUCCCUGUUUGAAUUUCAA